CGGCGGUGCAUGAUGGGACUGAUUAGCCAGAUUUUAGGUCAUGAGGGUCACACGCAACAAGUCGCAGUAUAGUCAACUAUCUGAAGAAAGAAACGACGAGAGUUUUCAAGAGGCGAUUCCACCACAGCCUGGUACAGACGUCACGCAGGUUGGUUCGGGAACUGUAGAAUGUCAUUAUGGGCAACAACCAAGCCGGGAAAGUGCAGCGUUCAAGAAACGGUCCCCAGGGAAGGAAAAAUGGAUACCCUGGCCGGUCCAGAAUUAGGCGUGCAAGAUCGGAUGUCGGGAGCAGGAGAAACUUGAGAGUUACCAAACUUAGUACCCAACAAACACUUUCCCAGAGAAAUCUAAAAAAUAAAGAUGUCAGCAGACAAAUUAAAGUAAGUGCCAAAGCCAGGGAGAUUAAAACAUUUUACAAUAGUACUGAAUACGUUGAAGGCGAAAAUGGUGCCACAAAAAAGUACAAACUGCAAAAUUCGCCAAAUAAAAAUGAAGAUGGGAUUCAAGACCUGGAUUCAAGAUCAUCUACUUCCGCUGAAACCCCAGUCAAUCUGGACAGUCAAGAAGAAGACGAAGACUGCUGGAGACAUGGGUCCCGGAGACCCAGGGAAUGUGUUACAGGAUACGAUGAUUUAAAAGACUAUACUGACAUUGCAGCUUGCAAUAUCCUCCCCCCAGAAACCACGAUAGGCACAUCCCGGCUUCGCAAAUCUUAUAAACUGAGACGUUCGAAAUCCGAUGUGAACGUCAGCUACAGAGGAAGAGGGAGGGGAGAGUUUUGGGAUCCAAAUGACGGUCAUAGAUCUUCACCAUACAAGAAACAUAUACCGUCGGAAAAGAGAAGUCCAUAUUUGAUGAAGCAGGAUUUCCGAGAGCGAAUGAUUGAAGACGAAAUGGACGCUUCACCCAGAAGUCCUGUUAAAGCAAGGAGGAAGAGGCGGCCUGGCGAUGGUCAAGUCUCUUCAACCUUAAGACGAUCCUUGUCAGACGUAGACGUAAGUUACCGUGGCAACAGGAAAGGGCACACCAGCCCCCGACACCGCCCUACCAGAAGGCCUAUACCGGUGGACAAUGAUCCCAAGGACGCGAUAUUCAAAGAUGCUGAAGCAGUGGAAACAGACGAUCGGCGGAAGCACAAUAGAACACGCGACCACAGAAGAAGAUUUGGUAUGCCUUCCAAUCUCCGUCGCUCCAUGUCUGAUGUUGAUGUCAGCUACCACGCCACCAACAGAGCUUACAAUACCAGCCCUACCCGCCAUGAACAGUUUCUAUACAAUGUUCCACCUGUCGAGUACGCAGAGGAUUGCUCUGAGGGAAAGAUAUCCGAUGAAAACCUUGUUAUCUUGGGAAGCUUCAAGGCGGGAGAGGACACAGGAAGAAAAGGGAAAGACGGUCGAACACCAACAGAACCCAUCGGAGCAGGAGCUAAGAUAGUGACAGGCCUUGUGGACAGUGUCAAACAGUCGCUCGGGAUUCCUGGUGAGGAGGUGAAGGAAGGAGAGACAACGUACACAGACCAUCUUCCUGAUCUCAUCCAGGGUUGGGCAACACGACAAUACACGGAGAGUAAGAAAAAUGACGACUCAGGCUUCAUGGACAACUUGAAGGGACGCUUCAAUAGUUUUUUUGGUGACGACUCGAAAGGAAGAAAACAGGGAGAACACGUUAUCCAUGGCAGCUGGGUGGGAGGGGAGGAUGCAGGACGACAGGAGACAGUUAACGAUUCAGGUCUUAUACACAGUCUGAAGGAAUCUCUCCUGUCGUCAGCGCGCAUGGAUGAGACAAAACAGCACCCUGGUAGGAAAGGAGGAACAACAGAUCCUCCUGGUUUGCUGGGGAGCUGGGCAGGAGGAGAGGACUCUGGGAGGAAGUCUACAGAUGAACCAGGACCCUUAGGUUUCUUGGGUAGCCUGAGGCGGUCGUUCCGGAUGUCAUCUGGUGAGGAUCCUGGUCCGUACGGAGGGGAGGAUGAACCGGUCAGUCCGGUCUUCACCGGAACGUUUGUGUCAGGAGAGACUACAGGCAGAAACAGAAAGGGCGGUACAAGUGCACCUUCCAGCUUCAGGGACUACCUGCCAUCAUUUAUUUCUACGAAUGAUGAUUCUGGUAAACAAAGGGAUGAUCAUAGCUGGUUUUCUCCAGACCAAUGGUGGACGGGGCGAAAGGACAAUGAAGCAAACGAAUCCCCAAGCUGGAUACAAAAUCUACAAAACACCAUGCAAAACCCAUGGGGAGACAACAAAAGAGACGAAAAUGCCGAGAAAACCCGAAGUGUUUUAGAUCAAUGGACUGGAAUGGGUAGUGCGAGAAAUGCGUUCGAUAAAUGGAGAAACAAGGCCCAAAAUAAAGGCAGUGACAACAGCAGUAGCGGUGGGCAGAAGAGAGGGACCCGUUCAGAACAGGAAGGCUCAUUCCUGGAUUAUCUCGGCCUGAACCAGGUGCUGAACAGCCAGAAACCACAAGGAAGACACCCUUGUGGCAUGAGAGGAUAUUCCCCUAGACCCAAGGAUAAGAACUCCCUGUUCUCAUUCCUUUCCUGACAAACAUGGUCAGUCCUAUUCGUAGACACCGAUUUUAUCAUGAUUUAUUGAAGAAAAUACCGGAAUCUAGAAUACAAAAGAGACCUCAAGGCACAAUGAUACGUGACAUUUUUCUUUAAUAUUCUUGAUCUUAUGUCAAUAAAGAACAACGCUUAUAUGUGGAAUACAACAGUU